AUGGGACUAGAUGGAACCCUUAGACCUCCUGGCCUGAUUGGUGGAAGCAAACCCAAGGUUGCCACGCCGGCAGUCGUAUCGAAAAUUGAAUUCUACAAACGAGAAAAUCCAACGAUAUUCGCUUGGGAAAUUCGCGAAAAACUCAUAUCUGAAGGAGUGUGCACGAACGGUACGGCGCCGUCGGUGAGCAGCAUCAACCGGAUAUUGCGGAACAGGGCAGCGGAGAGAGCCGCGGCCGAGUUCGCCCGGGCCGCCGGGUACGGGCUGUACCAGGUGUCUCACCCGUACGCAUCUUUCCCGUGGCCACCACACCCGCACGGCAUGUGGCCGGGCGUGGCCACGGACGGUCCAUCCGCUGUGGCCGCAGCAGUAUCGUCGUCCGGCGGACUGCCGAUGCACCACGGACCGUCCGGAGCGUCCAACAAGAACACACCACUGCAGCAGAUGAUCAAUGCCCAUCAACCUUGCGGCGUAAUGUCGUCCAGAGAUCUCAUGCCUAGGCUCUUAGGUGACGGAUCCGGAGGCGUUGACGGUUGCAAAGACGAUAUGGAAAGCGUGGGCAGCGGCAGCGGUUCCGAGCAACCAAAGUUCAGGCGUAACCGGACCACGUUCAGUCCGGACCAACUAGACGAACUGGAAAAGGAGUUCGACAAGAGUCACUACCCAUGUGUGAGCACUCGCGAAAGGCUGGCCGCCAAGACCAGUUUGUCCGAAGCCAGAGUCCAAGUAUGGUUCUCUAACCGAAGGGCCAAGUGGCGGCGGCAUCAGCGCAUGAACAAAUCGCGUCGGUCGGGCGUGGCGGCCGCGUCGACCGUGUCGGGCGGCAGCAGCGGUUCUGCGGCGGGUACGCCCACGCCACCGGUCGUGUCGCCCGUCGCGGGUGCGAUCGGUGGCUCGAUCGGUGGACCGGACGGCGUCGGCGGUCCGCCCUGUCCAGCCGCGGUGGCCAGGUGCCUGGGUGGCGGCGAGAACAGCGCUUUCCGAUCGCUGAUGCCACAACAACACUUGCACCGACAGCUCGUCCAGCAGAGUUACGCCGCGUCCGAAUCGUCCGAAGAGAUAAACGUGACGACUGACGACGAAGACGACGAAGGUGGUGCCGUCGGCAGCGGUGGUGUCAGCGGCGUUGGCGUCAUCGACGAGCCGAUGGACGACGGAGACGGUUCCAAUAAUUCGUCUUCGUACAACAACAACAGAAAUAACGACAACAACAACAAUGACGGCAGAGGAGGCGGCGGAGAUGGCGACAUCGACGAUGACGACGAUGACGGAAAGACAUCGGAGGCGGUCUCCCUGACAUCACCGACGCCACACCAUCUUCAUCACAAUCAUCAUCAUCAUCAUAACAAUCACCCUUCCCGUCCACGAUUCGGUGCCGACCGACCGCCGUACUUCGGUCACGUCAUGCACCCGUCUGACCCGAAACGAGCUGUCGACCACCCGAACAACAAUCACCACCACCCACACCACCAUCACCAACACCUCCACAACAACAACAACAACAACAACCACCACAGCAACAACAACAAUAACAGCAUUCAGCACCACAACAACGUGCUGUCCACGAUCGCUUCGUGGCGCGAAAUGGCCGCCUUUACCGCCCUUCACCACCGGGCCCUCGAACAGGGCGCGGCCAAAGCGGCUGCGGCUGCGGCGGCGGCGGCUGCGCAACCGUUGCAGUUGACCAAGUACGACAAGGACAGGGCGUAG